CAUACAAUGAGGCAAGGCAGGGAAGAGGAAAGGCAGGCACGCAUAGGCAUAGUGCGCGCCAUGGGCGGCGCCAGCGAGGCUACGGACAGCAAAAUACGGAGCCCGCUGCUGACAUCCCUGCAGCGGACAGCCGGCGGGCAUGGAGCAGGCAAGCAGCUUGAGAGCAUCCUGAACGACGAGUCCGUGCCGUGGGUGAGGCGGAUGUGCGCGGCGACGGCGGUGGAGAUGCGGAUGCUGGUUCCCCUGGCGGCGCCCGCUGUGCUGGUGUACAUGAUCAACUACCUCAUGUCCAUGUCGACGCGGAUCUUCUCCGGCCAUCUCGGCACGCUCGAGCUCGCCGCCGUUUCCCUCGGCAACACCGGCAUCCAGUUCUUCGCCUACGGCCUCAUGGUACGUUCUUUCUUCCAUUCCAACUUCUGUGAAUAGUCAAUUUUUUUUUCUU